UAAAAAAAAAGAGUAAUAUAUGGAAAUAUUGGAUAAUUCUUGCAAGAAAUAUAGCUGAAGAUCAAGAUGAUCAAACAGAAGAGCAAACUGAAGACCAAGUUGAUAACCAAACUGAAAUUCAAGCUAAAGAUCAAAUUGAAAAUGAUAAAUCGCAUCCACAUAUAAAAUGCAAAUAUUGCUCAAAAAUCUUUGAAUGA